AUGUUGGCUCUUUGGAAAGCAACUAAGAAUUCAAUCACAAACAAUCCUGCCCUCAGCCUCAACAUGCCCUUGAACAUCGUUAUCAUCGGAGCUGGGCUGGGUGGGCUCGCUGCCGCCUUAUCCAUUAAGAAAGAGACGCCAACCCAUGAUGUUUUUGUCGUGGAAUCUGCUCCUAUUGGUGCAGGUCUCCAACUCACCCCGAAUGCUACACGACUGCUCCUUAGGUGGGGUUUGAAGCCCAGCCUGGAGAAGCUGGCGAGCAGUCCCGAAGAGUUCCUCGUUCGUCGGUUUGACGGGCGGAAGGUUCUUGGCAACCGCCAAAAUUUUGCCACUGAGAUGCUCGACAAGUAUAACUCGCACUAUUGGGACAUGCACCGAGCCGACCUACAACUCGCCAUGUUCGAGCAGGCCAAGACUCUUGGCGUCCGCUUCAAGUUCGGUACCUUGGUGAGGGACGUGGAUCUCAGCAUACCGCAAUUGACGACAGAUAAAGAAGAGAAGAUCACAGGAGAUCUAGUGAUUGCUGCGGAUGGACUCUGGUCCAAGACUCGAUCCACGGUUCUUGGUAGACCCAGCCCCCCUAUCGCCACGGGAGACCUUGCAUACCGUAUCGUUCUGAAAGCGGAGAACAUCAAGGAUCCCGAGUUGCUCGACUUCAUCAAGAAGCCACGCGUUUGCUUGUGGGUUGGCCCCGAAUGCCAUGCCAUCUACUACCCACUCAGGAACAAUACAAUGGCAAACAUCGUCCUUCUGGUUCCGGAUAAUCUACCAGACAAUGUGGCCAAAAUGGUCGGUGACCUUUCUGAGAUGCGAGAGAUCUUCCACGGCUGGGACCCAUUACUACAAAGGUUUCUAUCUCAGGUGGACAAGAUAGAAAAGUGGAAGCUUAUGCAUCUUGAUGAACUGGAGCGCUGGUACAAUGACGAGGCCACCGUCGCAUUCCUAGGCGAUGCUUGCCAUCCCAUGCUUCCUUACAUGGCGCAAGGGGCUGGAUCCGCGAUUGAAGACGGUGCUGCGUUGGGUAUCAUUCUCUCCAAGGUCAACAGCAGACAAGAACUUCCCGACGCCCUGAAAGCGUAUCAAGAUCUGAGAGUUCCUCGUAGCACCGCUCUACAGAAAUGGAGCAUGAAGCAGAGACAUACCAACCAUCUGUCCGACGGGCCGGAGCAAGAAGCGAGGGACAACCUCGCAGAAUCUCAACUUUAUGAUCAGCAACCUGGAUACCCAUUCUACUGGAUUGAUCCAGCCGCACAAGACUUUGUGUAUGGGUAUGAUGUUGUGGCUGAGCUGGACAAGGUCGGUAUCAAGACCACAGAAUCAGUCAGUGGUUAG